CGCGUUCGGUUUAACCCCAUUCUGCAAAACCCUAACCUAUCAGUUCAUGGCGUCCAUCAACCUCGGAUGGAUCGGCGACAAUUGGUUCCCGAAGCCCCCGAAUCCCUCAAAAGCCCACCUCUUCGCCUGCAUCGGAAGUAACCGGAACCUAUCCUUUCCCAUCGCCGACAAACCCGCCUCCACCACCGCCGCCUCCGCCCCUGCCUCCUCCUCUGCUCCCGUCGCUGCCUCCAAUGAAUCCCCCGGAAUAUACUCCCAGAUGCUCGAGCAAUUCUUCUGGGAGUGCGAGCAACGCCCCGACUUCCGCCACACCCCCGAGGUCGAGCGCAUCCUCGCCGAAGACCCGUGCUUAGAGAAGAAGGACAACCCCACACCCGAGGAGGUCGUGGAGAACGAGCAGUGGUGGGAGGAGUUCAACCAGAAUCCCGUGGUCAAGUUCCUUCGCCGAGCUGAGCUUAUCGCCGACAAGGUCAACGAGAUUGAGCUCGAGAAGAACAAGUACCCCUACCGGCGGGAGGACCGGGAGCUGUGGAAGAAGCUCCCUCAUGUGCCAGGGUUGGACGGACGGCCAAUGCCGAGAAAGUCGAUCAGGACCAAGGAGGAGUCCGACGAAAAGUUCUGGGAUUUUGCCAGGCAGUUCUUUUUGGGGUUGUGGGGUUUCCGCCAGCGGCCGUAUCCCCCUGGGCGGCCUAUCGAUGUGGCACAAGCGAUCGGGUAUAAACGGCUGGAGAAGCGGUAUUAUGACUUCAUCAUGAAAACUGGUGGCUGGUAUUAUAAAGAUCGGCUUGGACGCACCAGAGGGCCUUUGGAGCUUAUAACUCUUAAAACUGCAUGGGCUGGUGGGGUAAUUGACACACACACAUUUAUCUGGGGUGAAGACAUGAGUGAAUGGGCACCUAUCGGAAUGAUUUAUGGUUUAGAGAAGGCUAUUGCUACAUGGGAAGUCAGAUUAGGUGCUGCUGCGACAGCUUUUCUUCACAAACUUCAGAAGGGUAUACCUCCCUGGACUCCUCUCAAAGGAUUUGAGAAGAAGACCUAUAAGCAAUUACAAGAAGAGGCUAUUGAGAGCAAGAAACGUGACAUGGCUGUUCUUGAAGCCAAUGGUGGUAUUUGGCCUGGUGUAAGAACUCCUAGCCAUGCAAUGUUUCUUUGGGCUAGUGGCUCUGAGCUGACCACAAUUCUUGAAAAGGACUACAUGCCCAACAAAUAUAUCUCGAAAGAGCUGAGGUAUCGUCUUGCAAAAAUCAUUCCUGGAUUAAGGCCAUGGGAAGUUUUAAGUGUAGAACAAGCUAUGGACCAGAUAACAUAUGGCGGAGAGUGGUAUCGUGAACCUCUUGGUUGGUACACGACUGGUCCGCCAUAUAUCAGGUCCUGGAACAGGGAUGUAAAGAGACUUUACAGAAUCUUUCGAAGCCUGAGCUACCGAAUCUACUCCAAACUGGAUCGAACAAUUCCUGGUUUUCGCAAAAUCAUGGAGAAAGUUAAUGUGGAUGCAGCUGCAAGAGAUCAACAGCGCAAAGAAGAGAUGGCUGCACUCGAGAAUGCUAAGUCGGAAGCUAACUUGAGUGAACGUCGUGUCUCGUCAUAUCCCUAACCGACAUGCCAUUGCUCAACGAACCACCCCUCUUCUCCUGCUCGUUUCCUUUUUGCCGGUUCAAAUUGAUAGAUUAUGGGAACAUUUUGUCCUGACGUUGAAUGCCAGUUGUCAUCGCUAUAGGGAAAGUUUCAAUUUUUGUUGCAUCAGUUGAUUUGUUGGCUACCAAUCCAAUUCAAAAAUAUUAUUAUUGCAACUUUUCUAUUACUUGUUUCCGGUGGAAUAUAUUUUCGCCAUUCAAGUUUGUUUGAGGUUGCUGAGACUA